GAGUGUGUUCUACUUCGACGAGCCACACGUGUUGAAUUCAAAUUAUUAUUUACAAUUGAGUGCAAUUGUUAAGUUGUAAUAUUUCUGUAAUAUUCAUAAUAAUAGUUUUUUUAAUAUGGCUCGCGGUAGAAAGCAAAAUCCUUUUGCAGCUAAAAAGCGUCAAAAGCGCGAACUUGCAACCGCUAAGGAUCCACGGCCUGAGCGUCGGGCAGAACCUUACGAAGAAAUAAAACGUGAAAAUGAAAAAUUUGUGAAAUAUUACCAUACGCAAAAUAUCUGUGCUACUGAGGAAGAGUGGGAAUUAUUCUUAAAUGCAAUACGGAAUAAUUUGCCGACAACAUUUCGUGUGACCGGCUUUAAAGACGAAGCCAAGGCAUUGCUUAACAUAAUCGAAACGAAAUUUUUUGAUGAAUAUAUUGGUGGUGUUGCUGAAUUAAAUGGAAUACCGAAAGAAGAAGUUGAACGACCACUCUGUCUGCCUUGGUAUCCCAAUGGAAUGGCGUAUCAAUUGCAAUUGACACGCAAAGAUAUUAGACGGUCGGAACCUUUGUAUCGGUUGCACAACUUCUUGAUUGUAGAAACUAAUGCGGGUAGUAUAAGUCGACAAGAGGCUGUCUCCAUGAUACCGCCACUUGUGCUAAAUGUGCAACCCACUGAUAAGGUGUUGGACAUGUGUGCGGCUCCUGGUUCAAAGACGGCACAAUUAAUUGAAGCUUUACAUGCGAAGCCAGAAGAACAUAAAAUACCACCUGGUUAUGUUGUGGCUAAUGACGUCGAUAAUAAUCGUUGUUACAUGUUGGUGCAUCAAGCGAAACGUUUGAAUUCGCCCUGCUUUGUUGUAACAAAUCACGACAGCAGUUUCUUUCCAAAUUUAUUGAAAACUGAAGCUGAUGGUUCGAAAUCAAUAAUAAAAUUCGAUAAAAUCUUGUGUGAUGUGCCUUGCUCUGGAGACGGUACUUUACGUAAAAAUCCUGACAUUUGGAUGAAAUGGAAUUUGGGACAGGCGUACAAUUUGCAUGGCAUACAAUAUCGCAUUACACGACGUGGUGCGGAAAUGUUGGAAGUAGGCGGCCGCUUAGUCUACUCCACCUGUUCAUUGAAUCCGAUUGAGAAUGAAGCAGUGCUGCAACGUAUUAUCAGCGAUGCUGAAGGUGCAUUAGAAAUAGUUGAUGCUGCAAGUUUUGUGCCUGGGCUUAAAUUUAAUCCUGGCAUGACUGCAUGGAAAUUAGCGUCCAAAGAAGUUGAUCAGAUUUACAGCAGCUUUGACGAAGUGCCUAAAGAAUAUCACACAGUAAUACGUCCAAAUAUGUUUCCAUUGCCUAAAGAAGAAAUAGAAAAAAUUGGGCUUGAAAAAUGUUUACGUGUUUUGCCUCAUCUCCAGGACUCUGGUGGUUUCUUUGUAGCUGUAAUUGAAAAAAAGCGACAGUUGCCAUUUGAAAAAAAUGAUAUUAAGGAUUUAUUAGAGAAACCAAAACCGGAACCAAAAUUGGAUGAAAAUGGUCAACCUAUUGAAGAAAAAUCUGUACCUUGGGGUCCACAACGUAAACGUAGACGUUUACAUGGCUACAAAGAGGAUCCAUACAAUUUUUUUUCCGAAAACGAUACUGACUGGGAUGAAUUAAAAUCUUUCUACGACUUAGACGAAUCUCUAAACAAACGUUGUUUGCUAACACGUUGCUUGGCAGAAAGGAAGAAAAACGUUUACUAUUGCUCCGAACCCAUACGAGAUUUAGUGUUACUCAAUGAACACAAUAUUAAAAUGGUCAAUACAGGAGUCAAAGCUUUUGUACGUUGUGAAAAUCGUCACACUAUGCAUCCCUUCCGUUUAGCACAGGAAGGUUUGCAAACGACAAAUGCUUUCAUUGGUGCAAAUCGUCGUAUUGAAAUCGAAAGAGAUGAUUUGAUUUUAUUAUUGAAUUGUACAGAUCCUACCAAGCCACCAUCGACCACUGAACUAAAACCAGAUACACAAGUUAGCUGUACGAAUCUGGAAAUUGGCAGUUGUAUAUUAAAGUAUGUGGAUGAGCGGUUUACUCUGUAUAUUGUCGGUUGGCGGGGUAAAUCUAGUCUACGCGCGUACGUUGAUAGCAAUGAAACUAUACACAUAUUACGUUUAUUAGGAGCAGAUUUAAGUAAAUUUGAUGUUAAUAAGUAUGAAAAAGCCAAGGAAGCUGCAGCAGUAGCAAAUGCACAACUUGAAGAAGCUGAAAAGAAUUUAACAGAUAUUAAAGUAAACGAUGACACUGAAGCUGAAGAAUCAAUAAAAGAAGCGGUUAAUUAGCUUUAAUUUAGAUUUACGGAAAAUGUAAAGGCGACUAUAUUGAUGUACCGCCAUUAUUACAUUAUCAAGGUGCAUCAUUGGCUGGAUGCGUAUAUUGUCUCCAGCGAUAUAUAAAUUAUAUGUCAUAUAACUUCAUCAAAAAGUUGUCUAAAUUUUAAUUGACGUAUGUAGACAUCAUCGUUCAUAUUAUACAUGCUUUAUAUAGAGUGAUGGAAAAAAUAAUAGAAAUGGUUUAA